UAACCACCCACGACCAAGCCAACGAUUCACGGAAACUCAACACAUAAUGGCUUCCCUCCCAUCCCACGCCUUACGGCGCGCAACUCUCUCUCCCAUCUCCUCAACCUGCGCCAGCAACCAAGUCCGCCACGCCUCUCUGCAGAAGCGCCCGCACCGCCCCUACACCUUCACUCAACUCAUCACCCUCUCCGACGGCUCGACAUACACGCAGCGCACGACGUCGCCGGCGCCGAUAUACAAGUCUACGAAGGAUUCGCGGAACCACCCGUUAUGGCAGCCCAGCAUGGCGAGUCUGCGGAACGUGGAGGAGGAUGAGGCUGGACGCCUGAGGGCUUUCCGUGAGCGCUUCGGACGCGGUUGGGAUGUUGAGGGUGGUGAGGAGGGUGCGGAGGGCGAGGGAGAGCAGGAGGAUACGAUGAUGGAUUUGAUUAGUGGGUUUAAGGGGGUGCAGGUUACGGCGGAUCAGAUGAAGGGACAUACUGCGAAGGGGAACAAGUACUAGGGGGAUAUCCAUGUGCCUGGCGGUUACUUCGGGUUACCUGUGUUUCGGAACAGUGUAUGAUCAUUGGAGGAGAUAGGACUACGGUCUUGGGAAGCCAUGUAUAAAUUCAAGGGUGGAAGACAGAAGAGGGUGGCAUUUCAAGGCGUUGGGAUGUGGUAUUAUCUUUGUACACUAUACAUUUUGGGGACUGCAAAAUGAUGAAGCUCGCAAGAUUGUUUCAACCUUGUUAUAGCAGAAAUGGAUGAUAGUG